CCCUUCUCCGAAUCAACACAACGAAACUCAGGCUGUAGACAGAUUCGACACUUGUGCCUGCUGUCGUGUAGCCUUGUAUUCUUUCCUUUUGGACUAGCCUGAUGAUAUGCAUUCUAUCGUCGAUUAUCUCCUUGAGAUACCCCGAUUGUUUCUUAUCAAGUAAUGCCAUUCUUAUCCGUGGGCUCAUAUUGUUGAAAACUUACAAGUAACAAUGUCGAAUGCUUCUAAAAGUUCUGUGGUCACUUUGACCGAAAAGUCGAAGGAAAAGCGUGAGGCUAGGAGCAUUACUUAUCACUCCUUUGAAACAAGUGUUAAGCAAAUUCACGAGGCACGCGGGAAGAUUCUUAGUCCGUUGAAAAGCUUCAUAGAUGGACAGUGGCGCAUUGAUGAUGAGUCAAAAUGCGGCUCGAAUCCCCCAUGGAAGGACUUGGGCUGCGAAUCGAAGGCUGAGCGGUACAUUCGGACCACGCCGGUUAGGAAUGACAUGAGAAACUAUGCACAAAAUCGCUUUCGUAUACUCGUUGUCCAGUUUUCCGAUAUGAAGCAGCUGGACGAGCAGAAAGUACUCCUCAAAGCUGCAAAAGCCGCUCACUGGAUAAGCAAUGUUUUCGAAACAUUCAUUGCUAAUCACACAGUUGGAUCGGCAGUUAGAGAAUCCAACAACAGUCUGAGUUUCAUGGCUCAAACCCCCCACGAUGAUUUGUUACCGUUCUUCUCGCUCUCUCUGACAUCGCACCAUGGUUAUGGAUAUGAGAGCGCACCGGACUGGACAGCGCUCAUCUUCCUCGGACCUUCUAGCCCGGAACACAAGCUCGACAUGAAAGUGUUGUCGGACUUGCUGGAUCAUGAAGUUUAUCCAAGCGAUUAUUCACCAUACCUAAGCCCAGAUCUGAUGAUACUACCGGUCACCCUGAUGCGCUUCCAGGUCAACGAGAUUGCAACCGGAGUUGCAAAAAUGAGAAAAGAGAUAUUGGAAGUAGACAAGGAUUUGCUGAACCCCAAAAUCUACAAAAUGAAGGAACUGAGAAAGGUCAAAGCGCAUUUAUUCAACCUCAGACGAACGCAAGGAUCUUUACAUCAGCGCUACCUCUUUGCAAAGGAACUUGCUGCCAACCUGGAACAGACCUUUGAGACAUUGAGGACGAAAGCUACAAAUGAAUCUGGUGAACGUUCCAUUGAGUAUUCUGAAUCAUUGGUCGAGGCAGUGCAGGCGCAUUCUUUCAUCUUGGGGACACUGAAGCAUGAAGUCACAACCGCAGCACCGCGGAUUGAAGCGCAACAGACUAUGAUAGCGAACAACUCCUAUCUAGCCGCUGAGGAAGCACGUCGGGAUUCGGCCUCAAUGAAAACGGUUGCGGUAGUGACACUGGUAUUUUUGCCAGGUACAUUCGUGGCAGUACGAUUCCCCUCCUUCGAAUAA